CCUCUUUUCAUCAUAAAUGCUAUCAAGCUACUAUUAUGGCUUUAGAAUGGGUAUCACACAAGAUGCAUUCGAAACGACGAUGCUCAUCCUGCUUUAAUCACCUCCUAUAUUGUGAGCAAUAGCUAGUAUACAUGAAAAGCGCCAUGUCUCGUUACAAAGCAAAGUGAUAGAGUCUAGUCAUACCAACAUAACUAAGCAGUAUACCAAAACCCCCUUGAUUGGCACGUGCGGGCGGUCCUUAUUUCUGUCGCACAGUACACAAUUAUGCCCCUUCCAUUAAACAUUAAUGGUGAUCCUACUACGUCGUACCAGCUUGUACUGACUGUAAAGCCGACGAACGAACACACGCCUUACCCCAGUUUUGUCACAUACCGUCUUUUUCCCGUCUUGUUCACUUUUUUUUUCUCUCUUUCCUACAUGACAAUCUCACGUCUUUCAAUAUUCAUAUUACUUGCAGCAGCAAUAGCUGCAGUAUCACUUGCGAAUCGCGACAACAAUGAAGACAACAGCACAGGCCCAGUUCGCGAUGUAGUAACGGCAGUAACGGCAGCAGCAGAAGAAGCCGUAAUAACAAAUACAGCAGCAGAAACAGCUACGAACACGACUGCAACCACAGACGGAUCGCUUGCCAUGAUUGUUCUGCUAAGUGCCGGAUCGCUUGCAUUUUCCUUCUUUCGACUGGUCGGACUCAGCAUUUACAAUGUCAUUACCACCUUAUUAUUGCCAGUUUAUUACGUACUAGCGUUUUUUUGGCGCAACAUGGUGUCUAGGCCAUUUGAGCUGCUUCUCAAUAUUGGUCAUGCGCUGUAUCCAGUCGCCAUGUAUUGUCUUGCAGCCAUAUGUUGCGGGACGUUAAUUGGUGGGUGUGCAGGAUUUGCAGCCGAGGCGAUCGCAUCAUUCACAAUAUCAACCACGUGGGGCCGGUCCCGUACAACUGCUGGGUCAAGUCAACGACAACAGCACAAACUGGCUAUGCCGCAUCAUCAACAUUACCAUCCUAACCAGUAUCUUUACGAUACCGAAGAUGAUGACAUAUCAACAAGAGCAAGCUUUACUAGUGAAAUUUCCUCACAAUGGGAUCCAUCGUUCUUUGGCGAGCAACAACAAUCACCAUUACCACGACAGCAGCAUCUGGGUAUAGCCAAGGAUAAAGAACGAGUAGACAGCUGGCGCCAAUCCUUGGACUCUCGGGAGUCAGCAUCAUCACCUCGCGUCCCUUCAUCGUCAACAAUGAUGUACAUGUCACCUUUGGAUAACAGCACGGCACAACAACGACCGCGCCCAUCACCCCUAAGACAUUCAAUGGACCAUCACCCACAAGAGCCCAUGGAUGACUGGGCUUGGGAUGAUGAUGACGACGACGACGACAAGGCCGGUGACAACAGCAAUGGUAUCAGUGAUAGCGAUGGCAUCGACGAGUUUCCAAGGCUGCGACGUCGAUCGGUAGUACGGUGAAAGAGAGACUAGCGAAUGAAGAAGUUCGGGCUGAUAUUAUUCACGCGUUUCGAAACUCUAAAACAAUAAACAAACUGACAUUUUGUACAUAGCAAAUUGAGCAUUCCAAAAU